AUGCCCGAGGCUGCUGCAGCAGGGCAGGCGCUGGAGGCGCCGGCAGGCGAGGCAGAUGUGGCAUGGCCGCCAGUGGAGGGCGCUGCCGGCGAGGGCCCUGCACCUGCUGGCGCUGGUGAGGUGCCUGCACCUCCAGAGGAGCAGCCGCCGCAGGAGCAGCAGCCUGAGGGGGGGGCAGCAGAAGUGGCAGCAGCAGCUCCCUCGACACAGGAGCAGGAGCAGCCCGCCUCACAAGCGGUGCAGCAGUCCGAGCAGCAGCAGCUGGCUGCCCAGGUUCAGGGGGAGCAGCCGAGCAUGCAGGAGCAGGCGGCCGAGCAGCAGCCGCAUGUCGCAGCAGAGGUGCAGCAGGAGCAGCCCGCGUCAGCGCCAGCAGAGCAGGCUGCAGGCUCAGGCUCAGCCACCGAGUCUGCCCCAGCACAGGAGGCGGUGGCAGAAGCUGAGACGGAGGCUGAGCGGCGGCGCAGAGUGGAGGUUGAGGUGAAGGCAGAGGCCCUGGCGGCGGCGGCGACGGAUCAGCAGCGAGAGGAGGCGGAGCGUGCGGCUGAGCUGCGGCGGGAGGAGGCGCAGCGUGCCGCGGAGGCGGCGCGCCGGGAGCGGCUGCGUGAGGCGGAGGCGCAGCUUCAGAAGGCCGAGGACUUGGUGGGGUGGGCGCUGGAUGAGGACCACGUGGAUGUGGCGGCGGGCAUCGCCCUCCUCCAGGCCAUGUUUGCCAGGCUGGAUGCUCACAUCGAUGCCGCGCUGGGCGAGAGCGUCAGCCGGCGCCGGCGCUUCACCGCACCGCCGCCACCACCACCCGCGCCGCCACCAGUUGAAGUGGCAGCAGCAGCAGCGGCGGCAGACGGUGGGGUCGCCAACGGCACAGCAGCCCAGGCAGCCGGCAGUAACGCCGACAGCUCAGGCGCUGUGGGCAGUAACGAUACUGUCACCUCAGCCGCUGCAGGCAUGGAGGAGGCCGCCGGCACGGCGGCCGCCGCGGCCAACUCUACCGCCGCCGCCGCCGGCGAGUCGCCGCCGCCGCCGCCCGCCCCGCCCACGCUCAACCUCACCGAGCAUCCGGAGCUGGCGCCGCUGUCAGACGCCGCCUUCACGCUGGCCUGCCUGCUGGCCUCUGGCCUGGGCGCGGGGCACGGCCUGCCGCGCAACGACAGCGCCGCCGUGCACGCGCUGCACCGCGCCGCGCUGGGCGGCAGCAUCGAGGCGCGGCUGGCGCUGGCGGAGCGGUACACCACGGGGCGGGGCGUACCGCAACUGAUGGAGGAGGGCAUGGGGUACGCCAAGCUGGCGGGGCCGGAGCUGCUGGUGCUGCUGGACGAGAGCGGCAACAUCAACAGCGAGGGCGGCGGCCACCUGCGGCGCAAGUUCAUGGACUCAUCCUACCUGCCCGCCACCAACGUGUGGGAGGAUGCCAACACGCUGCACCUGGAGCAGGACGCGGCGGCCAGGGGCGACGUGGAGGCGCACCGCCAGCUUGGCUUCCGCAUGCUGAUGGGGCAGGGCAUGCCGCGCGACCUGGCGGGGGCGUACCGCGAGUUUCAGGUGGCGGCGCGGGGCGGCGACCCCUACGCCAUGUUCAACCUGGGCUUCAUGCACAUCCGGGGCAUGCAUGUGGAGCAGAACUACACCCAGGCGCGCAAGCACUUCCUGGACGCAGCCGACAAGAAGCUGCCCUCGGCGCUCAACGGCCUGGGCGUGCUGUACUUCCACGGCCAGGGCGUGCCCGUCAACAUGAGCGAGGCGUACCGCUACUUCCAGCUGGCCUCCCUGCAGGACCACGACGCGGCGUACAACCUGGGCACCAUGCACCAGGCAGGCACCGGCGGGUACAGCGUGGAUCGCAACAUGACCGCCGCCAUCGCGCUGUUCAAGAAUGCAACGGAGCUGGGGUCGUGGCGCGCCCCGCACCAGCUGUUCAUGGUGUAUGCCGACGGCCUGUACGGCGCCCCCAAGAAUUACACCCUCGCCCUGCGCUACUUCUGGCACUUCAUGGCCAUGACGGGCGGCUGGAAGGAGAGCGGCAAGGUGGCGGCAGACCGGGUGGCGGAGCACGACCCUUGGGGCGCCGCCGUGCGCUACGCACUGCUGUGCGAGCAGGGCAACUCGCUGGCCCAGCUGAACCUGGCCUGGCUGCUGCACCGCGGAGAGGCGUACCCCGGCGCCGACCGCCACCGCCUGGCGCUGCCGCUGUGGCUGCGCGCAGCGGCGCGCAACCAGACGGAGGGCAUGAACAUGGCGGGGCAUGUGCUGUGGGAGGGCGACAAGUGGGGGCUGGAGGGAGGCACCGACAUCGCCACCGCCGUGGAGCUCUACCAGCGCUCCGCUGCAGCGGGCAGCAUCGAGGCGCUGUACACCUUGGGGCGGCUGCGGGAGCAGGGGCUCGGCGUGGAUCGGAAUGUGAGCGAGGCCAUCCGGCUGUACCGUCAGGCGGUACACACCGCGCCCUUUGAGUGCUACGCCAUGGCGCCCUUCUUCGCCCUCUGGUGGCUGCGCGUGCGCCUGCUGCUGGGGCCCCUGCUGCGCCUGCUGGCAGCCCACCUGCCCAUCGCCCUGCCGCCGGCCUCCGCCGCCGACGGCGCCGCGCGUCUGGCGGCGGGCGCCGCGCUGCGGGCCGGCGACGGCGUGCCGGUGCGGCAGUGGCGGCAGAGCGGGCCCAGCCUGCCGGUGGCGCACUGGGACACGCUGCUCAUCGCGCUCAUGGCUGGCAUGCUGACCUGGGUGCUGUGGCGCAAGCGCCAGCUCAGCCAGCAGCGCUCCUCGCCGCCAUCCCCCACCGCCGCCACCACGGCACACCAGCAGCAGCCAGACGCAGCAGCGGGCGCCCGGCUGCCGGCCCACGGCUCCCGCGGCUCCAGUGCUCCGGAGGCUAUGCCAGAGGGUGCAGCGCAGCUGGCGGCUGGCCCAUCAGCGUCUGCAGCCGGGAUGCGGCAGAGGGGGGGGGCAGCCACCUCUGCCGGCGACUCGGCUGCGGCCGGGCAGGAGGCGACACCAGAUGCGCCCCCCAACGCACGCCUGUGA